ACUAACCUAUACUGCUACGUUUGCUGUUUGAACACUUUUUUUUUCCGGAAACAAAAAUUUUGGUUUAAAGCGUGUUCUAAAAUCAAUACAGUUUUGAAAUGCAUUGAAAUACAUUUUCUUUGAAAAUGAAUAGCAAGAAACAGUCCAACGAGAAUAAUAUUGCCAAACAAAUUUCGGAAAACUUGAGAGAUACAGAAUUAUUAAAAAAGAGACUGCAGAAAUUAACAGCUACUGAUGAUUACGUUAUCGACCAGGUCAAAGGAGCAGGUGGCGAAAAAAACAAAAAGUAUGAUGUUCAAGAGGCAAGAGAAUUUAUGAAAAAGCAAAGAGAGAAACGCAUGGAGGAGCUUAGAUUCAAAAAGAAGGAAGAAUUGAAAGCAUUAGAACUUCGUAAAGAAAAACUUCAAGAACUUCAAAGGAAGACCAAGGAGCUUGUCACCAGAAAUGUUCAAAUGAAAAGGUCAAGAUCAAAAUCGCCUUGUUUUGAGAAAGCAACAAAUUUGGGAAAACCUAGUGCAACAUUAAAUGUAAAAGCUGCUUCCCAAGCAAUAUUUAAAGAAUGCACUCAUUCAAAUUCCACUAGCAAAGAAAAUGUUAAAAGUGCUUCAGACCAUAAAAACUCUAGGUCUUCAUCAAAGGAUUCCAAUUUGUUGUUAGCACCAGAACCAUUAAUUUCUCCUAAACUUCUGGACCAAAAUCCACAUCUUUUGAAAGUUCCAAACCAAAAUUUUCAUUCCAAACUUGAUUACUCUACAAAACGAUAUCAGGAAAAGCAUUCCCAACAUUUGGAUAAUGUUUUGUUAUCAAAUGUUACACUAAGAUCUGGCUAUGAUACUAAGAAAAAUGAUGUACCAGUUUGGUUAAAAGAAACAAGAGAACCUGAUCCGUAUAACUUUAUAAACACAGUUAAGAGGCAACUGAAGUAUGGAGUUAAUCCACCUACUUCUUUGGCAGCUGAAGGUACAGUGGAAAUAAAUGACAAAGACAGAUAUUUAAAGACAAAGGAACAAUUUCAAAACAAAUAUGUAACAGGAAACUCUGUUAGUGAGUCAGAUACUUCAAAAAAUAUUCCCAGCCUGUCCACGGAAAGUGCAACUUCAGUGAAAAGAAAUGCUGAAUGUGUAAAAUCCUUUAGUCACAGUAAAAGUGUUGAUGCGUUAAAGUUAGGAACAGGAAAGUUUGAUAAUUUAGUACUAACAGAAAGCAACAUAAACUGUCCCAUCAUUAGCUUAGAAAACAUCACUGAAAAUAACGUCGAGUUUGCCUUUCCCGAAGAGGUCAAUAAAAUAAGGAAGAGGCUUUUUGAUCGUUUUGAUUCAUCAAGUCGGUCAUCAAUUAUUACAUUUAAUCGCGCCAAGGUGUCACCUAAUAAAGUACCUGAAGAUCAUCAUUUAAUCUUAAUGGAAAACAAUUCGGAGGAAGUUAUUUCAAGUGUGGAAAGGAAUGAUGAAACUGAAAAUUUACCAUCGCAAUCUCUAGCCGGCAUUGAUAGAUUAGAUAUUGAUGAUAUGAAAGUUCUAUCUUCAAAGAAUAUUGAUUGUUUAGCCAAUAAUAUAUCAAAAUCUGAAAUUUCAACUGACACACCGAACACCAACGACAACAAAUCGGAAUCAGAAAUAAAAUCCGGCCCAAUUGAGUCAAAGAACUCCCCAUUGCAUUCCAAUCAAUUUAAAUCACUUUUUUCGGAUUUCCACCCAUCCGGUACAUGUUCUCUCAACUCUCAAAAGACUAGUCUGAGUUCCAAAAGAAGUUCAAAAGACAAAAGUAAUAGUUUUCCAUCAAUAAAUAAAACCCUCGAAAAUAGUGUCCUGAAGAAUAUAACACUAAGGUACCCCCAAAAUUCUGCUCAGAACCAGGAUAAAUCGAAUGAAAUUCACUUCAAAUUUGAAGCGGAAAUACAUUUGCUGAAUGACUUUAACAAAUCCCUUAGGCAAUUCUCAGAAAUUGAAGAGGCAUUUGAAUCUUUGAGAUGUAAAAAUGAUGCCCCACCACUUACACAGGACAUGUCACAUAAUGGUGGUGCAGUACCAGCAACAAAAAGCACCACUCCUUCUAGUCAACAAGCCAUUAAAUCUUUGUCAGAUUCAAACUCAUUUGCCACCAUUAAUUACAGCAGGGGAUCAGAAUUUCUGAGUGAAACCAGUGACAUGAUAUUAAGUGGUAGCUCACUCCGGUACUCUAGUAAAGAAAAUAACCAAUCUGUGAUACAAUAUUCUAGUGCGGUCGAAGACGAAUUCGAUAAAUAUGGGAAUUCCUAUUCACUUGAAGGUUUAGCAGUCAAAAAUGUUGUUGGAAUUUCUUUGCAAAUGUUUGACCAGCUGAUUAAAGAUGAAGAUAUAAGGCUGGAAAACCUUAGGAAAAUUUUAAAGAUCCGGGAGAAGACGCUAUUGGACAGAACUAAAGGAGAACUCGCGUGGCUCGAGAUACAAAGAAAGCAAUUGAAGGAAACUGGCAAAGUACAAGAGGCCUCGGUGAUCAAGAAGAAACAAAGGGGCAUUCUGGUCAGACACCAACAAGAAAAACACGAAAUGCAAAGGUUGAAACAAAUGCAGAAGGAAGCCGCCACCAACAGAAAGCACGUCCUCAAACAACAACAGAAUUUAAUCAAGAAGCAAAUGCACAACGACAUAAUGUUACCAAAGUUGAAGUCGUUUCAUCAGAAGGAACGUCGAUUGUCGGGACCGCUAAAAGUGAUUCAGUCACACACGAGCGAUUCAGUCAAGUCGAAUCUUGAAGACGAAAACAGAACUGCUGGGGUCACCGAUGACGAGGUCUGUACGAAAACAUCGCAGACUUUUUCAGUCGUGUGCGUUCGCUCGGAAUCGGAUAACAAUAUAUCUAAAGUCGAGAGUUUGGAAAUUACCGGGAAAUAUGACAGAGAACUCGACAUAUCCACCAUGAAAAGGACCCUUUUAAUGAAAGAGAGAGCUCUGGAAAAACGACGGAAGGCGGCCGAGGAGCUCCUGAAAUGGCACAAGAAACUGCUGGAAGAAGAAAAAGCCAUAGUGGAGCUGGAGGCGACCGCCAGCAGGAUAAUUUCCCAAAUACCUAGCGCCGGUAAAGUGAAGAUCGGAAAAUUUAAUACGCUUAAAAGAAACGUCUCCGAACCGGAUGUAACCAGUCUAGAAAAAGAAACCACUGUCCGAUCCAUGUCGCGAUGUUCUGAGAAACUCGGUUCGAGCGUGACCGAUUUUUCGUUAUAUGCGAGAGAGUUGGUUGAGGAGGAGGAACGAUACAUUCCAAAAAAACAGAGCGAGGAAUCCGCCAUUAGUUCCAAUUAUACCGCCGACUUCGAAGCGGAAUCAGUACCUGAAGAUUUAAACGUAGAUACAGUAGAACAGAGUAAGAUAUCGUCAAUAAGCGACCUCAUAGAAAACUUUAGUAAAAUACAAGAGGAUAUUUCGAACCUGAGCCACGUUCAGUCCAAAAUACUGUCCGAAAAUGAAGAAGCAAAAGCGCCGGAAGCCGGUGACGAAAAACCCAGCAGUGUCAUCUCUAGCGCGGUGAGCGUCGAGAGCGUCGUUCAGCUGACCACAGAAGAAGAGUCGGAGCAAGCGCAAAGUAAUGCGAAUGUUAGCACCGAGGAAGGUAAUAUUGUUCUGAAUGAGCCAACUGAAGAUACCAAUACUGCAAUUCAAACAUCUGCAAGUGUUGAAGAACCCGUUGAAUCUCAAGAAUUUGACACAGAGGUAGAGAUGGGCGGGGCAAAUCAAACUUUUGUAGUAACAAGAGGUACCGAAGGAGAGGAGGAUAAAAGCGAACAACCCGUUUCUAUGGACGAAACAUUCGAACGACCAUCUUCAACGUCAAAAAAUGAAUCAGAACACCAAAACUCGGCUGAUUCUAAUCAUUCAAGUUCGAUAUCUAGUCAAAUAUCUAAAGAUGUCAAGGAAGAUGCUAAUGCGGAAGAACAAUCUCGAAUAACAGAAAGCCAAGCGAACGUCAGCGAGGGCACCAGACUCGAAUCCGUUGAAGAAAACCUAUCUUUGACUUCGCCUGCGUCGCUAAGCGUGCGCGAGGUUACCGAACAAGAUGUCGCUUCGACUUCAUCCGACAAAAUUUCAACCGAAAACAAGACGGACGAGGAGAAAGCGGCGUCUAUUUCAAAACAGACAGCAGGCGCGUCUUCCUUGCAGGAUGAUGUACAAAUGUCGGAGCAAAAGGACACGGAGUCGAGGACGGUUGUCGACGUGAAGCAGAGAGUUUCCGAAAUAAUGUCGGAGGUUUCGCGGUGCGAGAAAAGUCCACGCAUGCAAGAUCUGUGCGUCAUGACAUAUGAUCUGACUUCGCCACCGAAUUCGCCUGAAUUGGAUACAGCGUCGGAAAUAGACAAAAGGGUUUACCUCGGAAGUGUUGCAGAGGAGCUGUUAAAGAAGCAAUUGGCUAUUGAACAAGAGAUUAAAUUGCUAACCGAACAGCAAGUAAUCUACAGGGAAAUACCGAAUAAACCGCCGCCUCCGUAUACACCCCCGGCGACCGUAAAACCCGUUCCCGCGCCCACCGUCAUUCCCAGAAACAAAGAGGAAAUCGAGGAGAUCACCAAAUAUUCGGCCAAGAUCAUCUACAAAGCCUACAUGAGCAAAAAUUUAGAAAACAUUACGAUUUCCGAUAACACGCUCAACCUUAUAGCGAAGAACAUCGACAAGAACGCUUAUAAAUUUGUAUUCGACUUAUGUAAGGAGGUGGCCAUCGAGCACUUCGGGCAGUUCGAAGAGGAAACCUGUCCGUCGUGGUUUCGUCGCCCGAAGAAGGUGACUUUGGCGCCCGCGAAGCCAUUGGACGCAACCGGUCUCGAGAAGCUGAUGCACAAGAAACUUUUAGAGAUAUUCGGCUACGAGAAGCGCAACAUUCGAGAGAGCACGAUCAUCAAAUGGAGCAGGAAGAAACGGGACCACGUGGACGAGCUGCUGGUUCAGGAGAUGCAGGCCGAAGAGUCAUCGUGGACUAAUUUCGACGACGAUGAGCUGAUAGUGAAGGACAGGGUGACUAACGAAAUUUUGGAGCAGUUGCUGCAAGACACUGCCCAGUGUUUGUUACGCGUCUGGCAAAAGAAAUGCCAAAAAUGAAUCUCGCCGACGCAGCGGUAAGCAGGUUUUCGGUCUGUGAUACAACGUAAGAUAUUGAUGAGAUUAGGAUUUAAUCCGUCAAGACUGGAUUUUUUUUUCAAGUAGCAAGUUAUAUUGAAAAUUUAAGGUAGGUUAAAUGAUGCAGCUUUAUUCACGCGCAGCUCUUUUUCUCAGUUAAGUAUUCUUUUUUGUUUUUUAUUGUUUUAAACUAAAUGUUAUUGCUCGUAGUAAAAUGCGGACAGGUCAAUUUUGUAUUAUACGAUUUUAUUUUUUUAAAGUGCCCCACCCACCGGUAAUUUUGUAACGUUUGCGUCGAUUUAAUCAUAAUUUAACGGUUGAAUUAAUUCUUUUUUAUUAUACUGUCAGU